AUGACCAAAUUUAGAGGCUGCAUCGAUAUUCACGCUGGGCAAGUAAAGCAGAUCGUGGGUGGAUCCCUCAAUUCAGAUGAUGUUGCUCCUACGAGUGAAACGAAAGAGAACUUCGUCUCCACACAGCCGUCCUCAUUUUACGCCAAAUUAUACCAGGAAAAUGAUGUUCAGGGCUGCCAUGUGAUCAAAUUGGGAUCAAACCCCGCCAAUGAUGAGGCUGCCAAAUUGGCGUGUCAAACUUGGCCUGAAAAACUUCAAGUUGGAGGAGGAAUCAAUGACACAAAUGCUUUGGAAUGGUUGGAUGUUCACCAGGCUUCACAGAUCAUUGUGACCAGUUGGCUUUUCACAAAAGAUACACACGGAUGCACAGUUUUGGACUGGACUCGUUUGGAGAAAAUCCUGACGCUUGUGGGUAAGGAUAGGCUUGUUGUGGACUUAAGCUGUAGGAGAGUUAAAAUGGCCGACUCACAGACUUCAAACGGGCGCUGGGCAGUCGCAAUCAACAAGUGGCAGACACUUACUGACAGUGAGCUUUCUGCAGACCUUUUAGCCCGUGUGGCUAAGUACUGUGGCGAAAUUUUGGUUCACGCAGCUGAUGUGGAAGGUUUGUGCAAUGGAAUCGACGAAGCGUUAGUCCAAAAGCUCGGAGAAUGGUGUCCCGCUGCUUUGAAUGGCAGAAUCGUGUAUGCUGGAGGAGCCAAGCUGGUUGCAGACUUGGAAUUGGUGAACAAGUUGAGCGACGGGAAGGUCGACCUUACCUAUGGAAGCGCUUUGGACAUUUUCGGCGGAAAGAUGGUGAAAUUCGCCGAUGUUGUUGAGUGGAACAAGACGCAUUGA